ACUGUUUGCAUGGUAAUCCAUUGUGAUAGACCUCCACCGAUAGCGUUCUGACGCAAUGGUAAACUUUGUUCAUAUUAUUCAUAUGAUAAGUACACUGAAAACAUCGUUCACAAUACACCAUUGCUCAGAACAGUGUAGGAAAGAGAAGACAUGGCAUAGGCAUUAUGGGCAGCUUCAUUUCGGCACUUUCGAGAAAGGAGGAAUCCGCAGAGUUACUUCCUUUAAAACAGAGAGUAGAUGUUGUCGUCUGCAGUGGCAGCCUGUCGAACAGCGUCGAGGGGCUCACCCAACAUAUUAAACAACACAUGAACGAAGUUGUUAGGACCGUAAGGUUCGAGACACUCCCCUACAACAUCAGUGAUCUGAACAAUUUUGAUCUGACUGGUAUAGACGUUCUGCUACUCUGCCACUCCAUACACAACAGACGAUUCUCUAUUACUGAUGUCAUCGACUCCCUCUACGACGGUUUCUUACAGCGCGCUAGGAAAACGCUCGGAAAGCAUAUCAAACAGGAUGCAAAUGGAGGUCUAUUCAGCCGGACGUUAUUAUACGCUUUGGAGUUUGGAUUCUUGUUUGCCUAGAAAACGAAAAAGUAAAGUUGGAGUCAUCGCUUACGAUUUUCCAGAAGAUGACCUUUCACCUAAGAACCUCCACUCCAAGAUGGCGACCUUCCGGUACACCCAACAUACCACGUUUGAAUGUGCAUCCCUAGCUCUGAUCGGUGGAAAGCUCGACGAAGGGGAUGUCCAAUUGACAGAGGAUCAACUGGAAGAACUUCAGCAGUUCUUUAUCAACUCCUCCUCCCCUCCAAUUGAAGAAACACUAAUAGUUACCACGAGAAGGUUCUUUCAUUGUUUAACAUGCCUUUUAUUUGAGUAAAAUGGACUCACGCUAAAGUUAGGUUACGCGACGACUCUACCCGACGCGAUGGAAUGGAACAAGCCCUGUUGCUCUAUCUCAACAUUUCAAAACUGCAACUGGGACGAAUUCAAGAACGCAAUAAAUAUAUUGAAAAUGCCUGUCAAAUAAUAAUGGAGGUGGGAGGGGUUUCUUUUGUUGAAAAUUGGUGAACUGGAGCAGCAAUUUCGUCAUAUGUUUCUGAGCUGACGACAAAUUGCAAAUACAUGUAUGUCGAUCGUUCGUCCGGAUUCUGCCGUUAGGAUUCACCAAAUUUCGGAAAAGACUUUUUGCUAGUGCUUGCCAUGAAGAGCAUUUUACAAUAAAUUUUCUAUAUAUUUGAAUCCGAUUGCAUCAUAGAAGUGAUAAUUCGAUAAUUCACUAUUAUCAAUUGACAGGAUUUUAUGUUGAUAUGAAGGAAGUUAAAGUCAAUGAUUUACACACGAUUCUUUAAGUAUCCUAAUGUGCUAUCAAUUGCUAAACGUGGGGAUUUAACUGUUUUAGAAGCAAGUUUUUUUAAACCAUUGGUCACCCUUAUUUCAUCAUUUUAAUAGCAAAAGUGUGUUGCUGUACGUGUUGCAAAUAAUUUUCUUGACUUGCUCUUUUGUAAACACGUAUUUAUUGUUUGGCACAAAUUCUACCUUUAUAAUAUUUAUCAUUUUAAAAGCAAAUGGUCAUUGCUUGUUAAAUCCUGAAUUUUGAGAAGAAUAUAAUACGGAGGAGGCGAAGAAGAAGAAAAAAGAAACAGAAGAAGAAGAAGUAGAAGAAUAGGAGGAGAAGUAGGAAAUAAAGUACGGAGAGGAGGAGGAGGAGGAGAAUAAGAAGAGGAAGAAGAAAACGAAACGGGUUUCUUUAAUGCGGUGCAAAUAAUUUUGUUGACUUACACUUUUGUAUAUUUAUCUUCAAAGAUUUACGCAUAAUCAAUCCACCCCUCUCACCACUUACUCCUGUCCAAUCCAAUCUCUCCCAUUACCUCUGGGGUCCAUCCUCACCAACAUAACUCUUUCAAGGUUUAGUGCCUUUCAGUUUCACAUGUCUAAAAAUGAGGGGGACGUCUGAGUAUUUUGAUAAAGGGAAAGGGGCGGCGAUCAACAAAGAACUGCUUUUUCAACUGGAUAACAGAAGUGAUAUAAAAUCAAACGAACCAUUUCUCUCUGAUAUUCUUCUAUCGUACCUUUUUUUUUAUUCAUUCAUUCAUUUAAUUCAUUUUUUUCAUUAUCAAACAAGGAAUAUAAUUCAAGUAACAUAGUUUGCAUUUUAAAACAAUGUAAAGCAUUAAAAUUAAUCAAUAAGUUUAUACAAUGUACAAUCCUCAAAUGUCUCCCUAAAGUACUUGUCUUUUCAUUCUAUAACUAUCAUAUCAGUGAAAUUUAUGUCAUUUCAUGUGCAGUAUUUAUUCAAUGGUGUAUAUUCGAUUCCAAGAUAUAUUCAUCUUCACACAGUUACAAAAAUAAAAAGAGUUACUUUUAUUUGUCCAAAA